AUGAAUACAAGAAGGACGCUCGCAAGGAGAGUGGAAGAGGAAGUAGUGAAUGAGGGAUUUCCUCGCCAAGGUGAUCAAGGUCUUCAAGGUGACCAAGUGCCUCAAGAGAAGGAAGUUCCGGUGGUUCCCUCGGACAUGACCAAUGAAGAGAUUAGGUCAGCUUUUCUAACCCUAGCCCAAGUCAUGACGGCUCAAGUUAAUAGAGAUGUGGGGCCUAGGGUGAAUGCUAAUGAGAGUACCGUCACCUCAAAGUUGAGAGACUUUGUGAGGAUGAAUCCUCCUAUCUUUCUUGGCUCUAGAGCGGGAGAAGAUCCCCAAGAAUUCUUGGAUGAAGUUUAUAAGAUAGUCAAUGCUAUGGGAGUAUUUUCUAUGGAGAAGGUGGAGUUUGCUUCCUACCAAUUGAAAGAAGUGGCCCAAGUGUGGUUCACACAAUGGAAAGCCAAUAGGAAAGUUGAAAUGGGUCCUAUAGAAUGGGAUGAGUUUAAGGGAGCUUUCCUUGGUAAGUACUUUCCCCGUGAGAAGAGGGAGUGUAAGGUUGAGGAGUUUAUAAACUUUAGGCAAGGUAACAUGAGUGUGGAGGAGUAUUCUUUGAAGUUUACCCUAUUGUCUAAGUAUGCACCAUUAUUGCUGUCUAACCCUAGAGAUGAGAUGAGUAGGUUUGUUACUGGUGUAUACGACCAAGUUAAGGAACAGUGUCGUACGACGAUGCUCCAUGAUGAUAUGAAUAUCUCUAGACUUGUUGUGUAUGCUCAAUCUAUUAAGGAAUCUAAACUUAAAAGGGUGAAUAGGGGUUUGAAGAGGGGUGGAUCCGAUGAGCAAGGUCAACCUAGGAAGAGGCAUCAUGGGAAGUGCCUAGCCGGUACUAGUGGGUGCUAUGUAUGUGGCAAAGGUGAUCAUCAAGUGAGAAAUUGUCCUACUCUUACGACUAGAGGAAGGGAAGCCAAACAAGCUUCUUAUGUUGGCCCGGAUCUUGAUGCUCCAAAGAAUAACCGUUUCUAUGUGUUUCAAGCUAACAAGGACAAAGGAGCUAAUCCGGAUUAA